AGCGUCUUCCUCUGUCCCCCGGAAGUGACGCAUUCUCUGAUUGUCAACAUGCAAGAUGGCGACUCAUCACAGACAGAACGCUGCUGGUCGGAGGAAAGUCCAGGUUUCCUAUGUGAUUCGAGAUGAGGUGGAGAAGUACAAUCGUAACGGUGUGAACGCUCUUCAACUGGAUCCUGCUCUCAACAGACUCUUCACAGCCGGCCGAGAUUCCAUCGUCAGGAUAUGGAGUGUCAAUCAACACAAACAGGAUCCUUACAUCGCUUCGAUGGAGCAUCACACUGACUGGGUCAAUGACAUCAUUCUCUGUUGUAAUGGAAAAACAUUGAUCUCAGCCUCCUCGGACACCACUGUGAAAGUCUGGAAUGCACACAAGGGAUUCUGCAUGUCCACGUUACGGACGCAUAAGGACUACGUCAAAGCUUUAGCAUAUGCGAAAGACAAGGAGCUGGUGGCGUCAGCCGGGCUGGACAGGCAGAUCUUCCUGUGGGACGUGAACACGCUGACGGCUCUGACUGCCUCUAAUAAUACAGUCACAACAUCCUCACUGAGUGGAAACAAGGACUCCAUCUACAGUCUGGCCAUGAAUCAGGCAGGAACCGUGAUCAUCUCAGGAUCCACAGAAAAGGUCUUGAGGCUCUGGGAUCCACGAACAUGUGCAAAGCUAAUGAAGCUGAAAGGCCACAGUGACAAUGUCAAAUCAUUAUUACUAAACAGAGACGGCACCCAGUGUCUCUCCGGUAGCUCAGACGGCACGAUACGCUUGUGGUCCCUCGGCCAGCAGAGAUGUAUCGCCACAUACCGGGUCCACGAUGAGGGCGUGUGGUCCCUGCAGGCGAACGAGGCCUUCACACACAUUUACUCCGGAGGACGAGACCGAAAGAUCUACUGCACAGAUCUGAGAAACCCUGACAUACGUGUGCUCAUAUGUGAAGAGAAAGCUCCUGUCCUAAAGAUGGAAUUGGACAAAUCAGCCGACCCUCCUCAAGCCAUUUGGGUGUCCACAACUAAAUCAUUUGUGAACAAAUGGUCUCUAAAGGGCAUGCAUAACUUCAGAACAUCUGGAGAAUACGACAACGACUGCAGUACCCCACUGACUCCACUGUGUACACAGCCAGAGCAGGUCAUCAAAGGGGGCACCAGCAUCGUUCAGUGUCACAUUCUCAAUGACAAGAGGCACAUACUCACUAAAGAUAGCAAUAACAGUGUGGCCUUCUGGGAUAUCCUUAAGGCAUGUAAGGGGGAAGACCUGGGCAAAGUGGACUUUGAUGAGGAAAUCAAAAAGAGGUUCAAGAUGGUCUAUGUGCCGAACUGGUUUUCUGUAGAUCUCAAAACAGGGAUGCUGACUAUCACUCUGGAUGAAAGUGAUUCGUUUGCAGCGUGGGUGGCAGCUAAAGACGCUGGCUUUACAAAUCCAGAUGGCUCUGACCCGAAGUUGAAUCUUGGUGGGCUUCUCCUGCAGGCCCUGUUGGAGUUCUGGCCCAGAACUCACAUAAACCCAAUGGAAGAGGAGGAAAAUGAGCUCAACCAUGUAAAUGGGGAACAGGAGAGCCGAAUUCAAAAGGGCAACGGCUACUUCCAGGUUCCCCCACACACUCCUGUCAUCUUUGGUGAAGCAGGCGGAAGAACGUUGUUUAGGUUAUUAUGCCGUGAUUCUGGGGGAGAGACCGAGUCAAUGUUGCUGAAUGAAACUGUACCUCAAUGGGUUAUUGAUAUCACUGUAGAUAAAAACAUGCCAAAAUUCAACAAGAUCCCCUUCUACCUCCAACCUCAUUCAUCAUCUGGGGCCAAAACACUCAAAAAGGACCGUCUGUCUGCUAGUGACAUGCUGCAGGUGCGCAAAGUGAUGGAACACGUCUAUGAGAAGAUCAUCAACCUCGACACGGAGUCACAGACCACCAGCUCCUCAGCCAAUGACAAGCCGGGAGAGCUGGAGAAAGAGGAAGACGUGGCAGUGAUGGCCGAAGAGAAGAUUGAGCUCAUGUGUUUAGAUCAGGUUUUGGAUCCAAACAUGGACCUCAGGACUGUUAAGCAUUUUAUCUGGAAGAGCGGAGGAGAUCUGACCAUUCAUUAUAAGCAGAAAUCCACGUGAGUCCCUCCGACCACUUUCAGCCCACAUCGCUUUGACUUCCAGAAGAAGCUUCCCAGAAUGCCCUGCUCUUCUCAGGUAGUCACCCAGGAGGAAUGUUUUUUUUCUUCUUCUCGUUCUCUUUGCACUGGCUGAUGUGACAUAGCCAGCAGAAAGAUCUGACCGACAGUUGAAGGUUAAAGACUAAAGAUCGACUGCAGAAUGACAGUUGUUGCGAUGUUCAGUAAUCAAGGACUUUGUAAUUGUUCUGCCUUUGUUUCAUUUUUGGUUUGUAUAUUUAUUACUGUUGUGUUUAGCGCCGUGUCUCGUCCAGCAUGAGGAUGAUGAUGAUGCACACUAGUACUUCCAUUUUCAAACAUUCCAGACACUUUUCAACUAGACCAGAACUGAAAUCAGCUGCUCUUAUUUUGCUUUUCCCACAACUAUUUUCUAGGUUGAAUGCUGUCGUUAGUGUUUUUUUCUAUCAAGCACAUUUUGCAAUCAGAAAUUGAAAGUCCAAUGAGGAAGUCUAAUAAGGAUCUCGAAACUGUUUCAGCAAUGCAGCCAAUCAAAUAAACAAACACACAAAAACAGUUCCUGGUUUUAAUUCAUAGCAUACAUGCAAUUUUCACGCAAAAGAAUGUCUCAUCCGAAUGUGUUUGUUCAUUUGUGUGGAUCGGAGCACAUGACUGUUUGCAUCAUCUCCACAGCUUCCGGGAAAUAUGGCCCUGCCCUUGUCAGCUGUUACAUUAGGACUGACUUUUCUUUUGAAUAAAAGUUGAAGCUGUUUUUUCACUCUUGGUGUCUGAACAUGCUUAAUUCGCUUGAUAUAUUGAUCAUAUUUCAUACCUCAAAUGCUAACAUUUAUCAAUAAUGCUUUAGAUAUGAAUUUUUUUUUAUGAAUAAGUGAUUUCAAGUUGUCAAGGUCAUGUGUGGGUUCAGCUGCAGAAACAAAUUCCAUAAAGCAGGCACGCUUUUUAUUUAUUGAACCGAAUAACACACUUAUUUAACACUUUAAGACAAAAGUAAACUGCAUUUAGGCUAGACACAACAUUAAACAUUCCUCUUUAUGGCGGCACGCUUCUCAGACAGUGAUAUGUGCAUUACAUUUAUGUUUUCUUAAUGUUUGUAUGAUCUGCUCCAAUCAGUUCUUUCUCAUCACAUGUUUAAUCUCAUAAAGAACACAGAAAGGAAAAAAUAAUAAAUUCCCCAAACUUUCAAAGAAAACGUAGAUUUUGCUAGAGAGUUCAUCCGGUUGUCACAGAACAAACUACAAAAUGUCAACAGAGUAACUUAUAAUAUUACAUGCAUCCGCCUAUAUGAACAAUGACCGAAAUCACUGGUUCAUUCAUUUGUAUUUGAAUUUUGUGCAGAUGCAUUGCACAAAAGCACAACUCACUGUAUUCACAUACUAAAUACCAACAGAUUUACAACAGGGAAUCUUCCCUUUCUGUUAAAGGUAACACUCUAUUGUAAGGUGGAAUUAGUUAAGUAGUUACACAUUCUUAAAUUACAUAUAGUAAUAAAAAUAAAAUAUGCAUAAUUAUAACUAACCCUAAAACAAACCUUAACUCUAAGUGUAUAUUACUCAGUAUUUAUUUAAGUAAAAUGUAACUACAUAACCUUAACAUAGAGUGUAAUCCUGAUAAAUAACAAAUUAGCCAUGUAACGUUAAUCAAUAGCUAUAGUCAUGAGUUGCAUGAUACAAUGAAGGAAUGUGCUGUUACUGCAUAUACUGAUGCGGCCCACUAGUUAAACACAAAUCUAUUAGUUGAAUUAACAAAUCAAAGACUUUUAAAAUCAAUGGAAUUUCCCAAUCCUGAUUAAAAAAAAAA